AUGGCAGAAACAGAACAAGAGAACCAAACAGAAAUCAUGGAAUUCCAUUUGAUGGGAUUUGUAGGACUUGGAGAUCUCCAGGUUCCUCUCUUCUGCCUCUUCUUAGUUACAUACCUUGUUACUAUAGUUGGGAACAUCCUCAUCAUUUUGCUGGUUGUUACUGAUCCCCACCUUCACACCCCCAUGUAUUUCUUCCUGGGUAAUUUGUCCUGCCUGGAGACCUGCUACAGUUCUAACAUCCUUCCAAUGAUGCUGGCUAAUCUCUUGUAUGGUGGGCGAAAAACAAUCUCCGUAACUGGCUGCAUGAUGCAAUAUUAUUUUUUUGGUAUUUUGGUAGUUGCUGAAUGUUGUGUGCUAGGGGCAAUGUCCUAUGAUAGGUAUGUAGCAAUCUGUAAACCGCUGCAUUACACAAUACUAAUGAAUGGUAGAAUUUGCCUCCAGCUUAUAGCUGGAUCAUGGAUCAGUGGUUUAUUUGUUAUGAAUAUAGCCAUAUAUCUAAUGCAUCAGUUAAAGUUCUGUGGCCCCAGUGAAAUCAAUCAUUUCUUUUGUGAAUUGAAUCCAAUAUUAAAGCUAGCAUGCAGUGACACUCAUUUGAUUGAACUAGUAACUACUUUGUUAUCUGUUCUGUGUAUAUUGCCUCCUUUCUUCUUGACCUUGGCAUCUUAUACUUUCAUUAUUUCCACCAUUAUGAGAAUGGCAUCUGUCAGUGGGAGGCAAAAGGCUUUCUCAACUUGCUCCUCACACCUCAUGGUGGUGUCCCUUUUCUAUAGCACAUUAAUGAUUGUCUACAUUUUGCCCAAAACAGAUGGACUACGAGAAAUCAACAAAGUCUUGUCUCUGUUUUAUACAAUCCUAACCCCUUUGUUCAAUCCCCUGAUAUAUAGCUUACGAAACAAGGUGGUAAAAGAGGCCCUUAAAAAAGUAGUUGCUAAAUUGUAUACAUUUGAAAGAACACACCACUUUAAUCUAGUAUGA